AUGGCCGACGAAACUGAACCGUCGGUUCCGGUCACUGUUGAGGAACCGUUGGAUUUGAUUCGUUUGAGUUUAGAUGAAAGGAUUUACGUGAAGAUGAGGAACGAAAGGGAACUCAGAGGUCGUCUUCACGCCUACGACCAGCACUUGAAUAUGAUUUUAAGCGAUGUCGAGGAAUGCGUGACCACUGUUGAGAUCGAUGAGGAGACGUAUGAAGAGGUGUAUAAGACAGACAAACGCAAUAUUCCGAUGCUUUUCGUCAGAGGCGACGCCAUUAUCCUCGUCUCGCCUCCCAUUCGGUCCACCAAUUGA